UCAGAGAGAGAGAGAGAGAGAGAGAGAGACUUACAAGGAACUCGUCCGAGACCCUAAUCCCACUACAUCCCUCUAUAUGCUUUUGUUAUAUAUAUCAUUCUAUAAGUCCUAAUCCUAUAUUGGAAAGCUUUUAUAUUUGGAUUCUUUCUCUUUCUCGCUCGCUUGCUCUGUGGAUUUUGAAUAACUCAGAUUGUUUGAUGGACUGUUGUGUACCCUACAGAAGAAUCCCCAUUAACGGAGCUUUACCCUCUGCGGUAAAGUCUGAAUGGGAUUUCAAGGUUUUAUCGAGGUUCUCUUCUUCGGACAUUUCUCGCAAUCUCAGCGUUUCUUCUCAGAGAAGGGUUAAAUUGGGUUUUGGAGGACGGAUUGGGGAUUGGAAUGAUAGGAGAUCGAUUCGAAAAGUGUCGAUCUCGGCUGCAAGUGCGGAAUCAAGUCACUGUGGAUAUAAAACUGUAGUUUGGCCCCUUGAGCCAAGGUCGUCUGCUGGGAAAUUCCUCAGCAUUGUAUUGCAGAACCAGCGCUUCCUUUUCGAUCUUGCUGUGACCGAGCAGUUGAAUGAGUCAGCUUUCGACAGGGAUGGAGCCAUCUCCCGCAAGCAACACAGUGAGGGUUCUCCAGAAUCCUGUCUUCACAGGUAACUCCCAUCCCUUUUUU